CCCACUGUACCAUUUCGAUGACGUAGAAUAAACUAAUAUCAGUCGCUGAUUUUAGUGGCAGCGGAGAGCUAUAAUGGAUAAACGCACUGGCCCAACACACUUUUUAUUUCGCUUUUUCCUAUUAUCAUGUUUAUUUGGGCUAUCGCUCGCAACGGAACUUAGCUUUGUGACUUGCGGCUCGGUUGUGAAGCUGUUAAAUGUAAAGCACAAUGUCAGACUGCACUCUCACGACGUGCGCUACGGCUCUGGUAGCGGGCAGCAGUCAGUGACAGGGGUGACCACAGUGGAGGACAGCAACAGUUACUGGAGUGUACGGGGCACCAGCGGAACCCUAUGUCACCGGGGGACUCCUGUUAAGUGUGGACAGACCAUCCGCCUCACCCACCUCAACACCGGACGCAACCUGCACAGCCACUACUUCGCUUCUCCGCUGUCCUCCAACCAGGAGGUGAGUGCGUUUGGUGAGGAGGGAGAGGGGGACCACCUGGAUGAGUGGAUGGUGCAGUGCGGAGGGUUGGUAUGGGAGCGCGAGGAGGCCGUCCGCUUCCAGCAUGCCUCCACUGAUACGUUGCUAUCUGUUACGGGGGAGCAGUACGGCCGGCCCAUCCACGGGCAUAGGGAGGUGCACGCUAUGACGGGCCCCAGCCAGCACAGCCUGUGGAGGGCCAUGGAGGGGGUGUUUAUGAAGCCCAGUGAAAGCCCACUAGGGAACAUGGACUACAGCCAUCCUCUACACACAGAGUUCUAAUUCUCCAUCAACCUGUUACCUGACCCAGCUAUCGAACUAGUCGGUGUUUCUUAAUCCUGUUCCUGGGGACCCGAAAGCUGUAUGUUUUAGUUUUUGCCUUAGCACUACACACCUGAUUUUUAAAAUCAUCAAAGCUUGAUGAUGACUUGAUAAUUUGAGUCAGCUGUGUAGUCGGGGCUCAAAACGCAACCCUUUGACUUGGUAGUGCGACACCAAUUUUAAUUGAUCGUUAUGGUGCCAGUGAUUUUAUAUAUUUUUUUGGUCUGGUCACGUUAGUUUUUGGUUCACAAUUAGCUUUCUUUUAUUAUUAUCAAGAAUUAUUCAAACAGCAAUGUGUAUGCAUGCAACAAUGGGUAUGCAGACCAGGUAUUCAAAAAGUUUAGUCCGAAGUCUUGAUUGAAUCUUUGCGAUGCGCAAUUCAGUCAUCAUGCACAAUUUGAAUGAGCAUUUCUAAAGGCUAUCACAAAAAAACCUUCCCAAUUAAAUUACUGCAAAUGAAGCCUACCUGGCAGAAUGA